AUGGCCGAUUGGGCAAACCUUCCCAAGGAUCUUAUUGCUCGCAUUGCAAAUCGUGUUGAAGUGAUUGAAGAUUUUAUUGCUUUUGGUGCCGUUUGUACCUCUUGGCGAAUUGUCGCUACAAAGGACAAUUUCGACGUGCUUUCUCCCCAAGUUCCGUUACUAAUGCUGGCUGACAAAGAUGAGGACCAUCAUCAAAUAAUUUAUUCUCUUUCCAAGAAGAAAGUUUCGCCCAUAUUUCUCCCGGAAGUUAGAGGGUCAGAUUGUGUAUCAAUUAAGGAGGGAUGGCUCUGCACCGUGGUAAAUGAUACAGGAGAGAUGAAUUUGUUGCACCCUUUCUCUCGCGAAAAAAUACAUCUUCCCUCUCUAAAUGCCUUAUUGAAUUUCCAUGAUCGUGUUGGUUGCGAAAUAAAUCAUUGGGGCUGCAUAGACAUAGCUGUCUUGUCUGCCGAUCCUUCACUUACGUCAGAUUAUAUACUCAUGGUGCAUCAUUAUGGACCUGCCAAUUGUUUGGCAUUUUGGCGAUCUGGAGACCUCAAUUGGACUCAUAUUGAUGCUGCUAAUUUCACCGGUGGGGUUUCCGCUAUAGUUUAUCACAAGGGCGAAUUCUAUUCCAUGAGUCACUGUGGCAAAGUACGGGCUUAUGAAGUUGCAAGGCCUAAUACUAGUGAUCAACCAAUUGUGAAGACACGUUUGGUUGUUGAGAUGGACGAAUAUUCAUUUAAUCCGCAUGUAGCUGAGUAUUACGUAGUUGAGUUAUCUGGUACAUUAUUACUUGUUGCCAAGUUUAUCAAAAGUAAUAGUGACAAUCCAUACAGUACUUAUCAUAUCUCCAAAUUUAAAGUCCAUGAACUAGACUUAAUCAGAGGUGAAUUGAAAGAGGAGAUGAAAAUUUUGGGAAAUGUGUCAAUGUUUUUGGGUAAUAAUUGGGCACAAAGCGAAAUUACGAUUGUGCCAAAUUACACUUUGUAUUUGUUGCUAGUUGAUAUAGACGCGAAACAGGGCGCAGCACAUUUGUUGUUUUUUGAGUUCUACAACUUCACUCACAUUGUUAAUUGA